AGAGCAUCUUCGUUCUACCUAUGAAACAAAGGCAGAAUGCAGUGUCAUGAUCCAGGAUACAAACCCUGCAGCAUAUUUCGACUCGAGCACAGCUAAAGCGAAGACGGAGGUGUCAAAACAGUUGCUCCUACUUCUGAACCGUUUAUCCUUUUACCACUGUGUAUUCGUUAAUCCGCUAAACAGGCUCUGGGGAUCCGGAGAGUCUCGAUGGGAUUUGCGUAUACACACGGUUAGAUUUUCAGGAAGCACGGAGUCUACACUUUGGCACUACCAACACGUGGGAGUUUAGCGGCUACCUGAAGAGUCGAGUGGAGAGCGAUGGAUAAUCCUUUAUUUGGGAUCGACUGGUCGAAGCAAAUGAUUCCCAAGGCUCGGCUGUCACUAAGACGGGACCCCCGUGGAGCCGUCGUCUUCUUCUACUUGUGUACGCGUCUCGUACCAGAUCGUCGACGAUCCGGCCGAGACAAUCCGACGAUCCUUUCCAGCUUUGCGAGCGACGUGAGUUUAACCCUGAAGCGCCAAUUUCCGGUUUCCCGAUCAAGACAGUGGAGCAGAGUGUGCAGCCGGGAUCCAGCCUUCUGGAGACGCUGCUACGGCACGGGAAGGACGCCCUGAUCGACGGAUACGUCGGACCGGGAUAUGGGAAGGCUGUGACGUCACCCAGGGUUUUGUCCCAGACUCCCGGAUACGCGCCGACACCCGGGGACAAGGCUUCUCCGAUUGUUAACGGGAGUGAUAACGCUUCUCAAGAGAGAUUUCGCCGCUCUGUUCCGGACGUUGUUCCCGUUGGUUACGCUCAGGGUUAUCAACCGUUUUCGGCGCAGCCAUCGACCGAUUCUUGCACCACCGCGAUGGUCGACCCCGUUCCCCCCGUCCAGCAGACCGGAUAUCACGCUUCGGCCUUCGCGAAUAACAACAACGUCGACAACGUCAGUCCGGCCGAAACCAGCGAGUAUGGAGAGGAUCAGACCAAGCGGCAAGUCGAUUAUCCUUGGAUGAAGUCCGGCUAUGCAAACGCUGACGUAAGCGGGGCCGGUCACAAGCGUACGAGACAGACGUACACGCGUUUCCAAACCCUGGAACUGGAGAAGGAGUUUCACUUCAACCGCUACCUGACUCGAAGACGGCGUAUCGAGAUCGCUCACGCGCUCUGCCUGACGGAACGGCAGAUAAAAAUCUGGUUUCAGAACAGACGGAUGAAGGCCAAGAAGGACGGCAAGGUCCGCUACAGCCCCAUAGAAUCCGGAACCCUCGAAGAAUCCCCCAACCAACCGGACGCCCUGCUGUUGACGAACGCCACGCCGACGACGAUGAUGCUGCGGAGCAAUUCCGCGCCCUCGACCUCCCAGCAGUCGCUGCUCCACCGGCAAGGCCCUCACCCUCAUCCUCCUCCGCUUCCUCCUCCUCCUCAACAACAGCAACAGCAACAGCAGCAUCUGCACGCGGCUUACUUGAGCAGCUAUCACAAUCAGCACCAGCAUCAUCACCAACACCGGCACCAGGGUUCGUAUGGAAAUCAGCAGGCGCUUCUUCAGCAACAGCAGCAGCAGCAGCAGCAGCAUCACCAGCAUCACCAGCAGCAGGAGUUCAGCCACGAACAGCAAAGUUACGGUCAGAACAGACUCGAUCUUCACGCUGCUACGUGAACGGGAAAGAGAAGGCCGCCCGGCUAAGAUCGGGCAGCUGACCCUGCAAUGCCGAUGAUUUAUGGCUAACCGAGCUAAACAGCCAGGCGAGUCCUACUACGAGCAGCCAGGUAAAGACGGGCCAAAAGUUUAUGUGCCUUCACGUUCCUUCCUCGCGCCGCGUCUUUCAAACACUCUUCGCAGCACUUCUGCUGGGAUGCUCUCGCUUCGUCCGUCCGCUCGCUCGUUCACGCCGCAUUUUGCGACGCACCCUCGGCCCCGUCUCAUAAUUUUACACUCCCGUAACCUGACCACGGACUGUUUCUCAAAUAUUUUGACUUUUCGCUCGGGAUUGAUAUUUCUCCGAUGAUUCGACACUUUUUGCUUUUAGUCUCAAACUGGCGUCCAUUUCAC